UACGCACAACUAGCCUACGUAAUACGUUCGCCCAAUCAGCUGAGGAGCUUGAACCUCAGGAAAGAAGCAGAUGAUAUGGCAGCUUUGUGAGCGACCAGGUGGAACUUGCUUUGUUAAUACGAUUAAACGUCGGAUAUGAAACAUUUUAACACGAAACGGGAAGAGGGCAACAGCUCGAAAUGAUUUACUUAAUAGUAAUUUCCGCAUUAUCCGGAGCAGUCAUUACAUUGGUGUUACAGUUCUUACUGCUUUACCGGAGAAGCCCCGAGCCCAUAGCCAGGACAGUGCAAUAUGUCAAAGCAGUGCCUGAUCCCGCAUUGAAGGAUUACUUUAAUAACCAACAUGCCGAAUCAGGCCAACAGCAACAAGACAACACAGCAUCUGCUGCAUCCAAACAGCAGGACUCCAUCUCUACCAGGCAACAGGAAGUGUCUGUCACCAGCAGUAGCCCUAAACAACAACCGCCACCGCCUUAUCAAAGCGAGCCCCUCCACUCCUCCAAACCGGAGACCUGCAAUUUUCUAAAUGCUAUAUUUCUUUUCCUAUUCAGAGAACUCCGCGACACUCCCGUUGUUAGACACUGGCUGACCAAAAAGAUCAAGGUGGAGUUUGAGGAGCUAUUACAAACCAAGACAGCUGGUCGGCUGUUGGAAGGACUCAGUCUCAGGGAUAUAUCCCUCGGUAAUUCUUUGCCCGUAUUUAAAACAGCCAAACUUAUGAAGCCAGUGAGUUUAAAUGAAGACGGCAUGCCCGAGGAACUCAAUUUCGAGGUAGACCUUGAAUAUAAUGGCGGGUUCCAUCUAGCUAUUGAUGUAGACCUGGUUUUUGGGAAGUCCGCGUACCUGUUCGUAAAGAUGACGCGUGUGGUUGGAAGACUGAAACUGCAAUUCACUCGCGUGCCCUUUACGCACUGGUCCUUCACGUUUCUUGAAGACCCAUUGAUAGACUUUGAGGUGAAGUCUCAGUUCGAGGGAAGGCCCUUACCUCAACUCACCUCAAUAAUUGUCAACCAGUUGAAAAGAGUCAUCAAGAAGAAACACACCUUGCCAAAUUACAAAAUCAGAUACAAACCUUUCUUCCCGUUCCAAGUUCAACCUCCUAUUGGAUCCUCCUCCUGUGAGUUUGACCUCUCAAUUCAAGCCUCAGGAUUGGUCGAAGGCCGUCUUAGAGUCACGCUCGUCGAAUGUAGCAGGCUUUUUAUCCUGGGCUCGUAUGACAGAGAGACGUAUGUACACUGCACCUUUGAGCUGAGCAGCCACGAGUGGAAAGAGAAGACGCGCAGUUCCAUCAAAACGACCGAGCUGAUCAAAGGACCUUCCGGCAGUGUGGGUAUGACAUUCAGGCAUGUCCCCGCCAGUGAGGGUGAUGCUGUCCAUGUCAGCAUCGAGACGAUCACUCCCAACUCUCCUGCCGCCCUGGCAGACCUGCAGCGGGGCGAUCGGCUCAUCGCCAUCGGAGGUGUCAAUGUGACAUCCUCUGUCCAAGUGCCCAAACUGCUGAAACAAGCUGGGGAAAGGGUGCUGGUGCUGUACGAGAGGCCUUUGCGUCACCAGAACGCCACUGUGGGCCUGGGAGCCCAGCAGGAUGGGCUGGGUCAUAUAGAGGAACCCAGUUUCAUCCCCCCACAGGCGGGCUACGAGGAGGACCCGGCCCCCAUUACCACCCUUGCUGACAUAUCCGACAGCAAAGACAUGGACUCUGAGUUUGAAGAGUUGAUUGUGGACCCCAAGCCUAGCUCACUCAGCAGCAGUGCAGAGGCCAGGGAGGACUUCCUGUCUGUAAACCAAAGCCCUAAAAGGACUGUGGCCAAUUUGGCCUCAAAACCCCUCGGCAGCAUAUCACCCAUCCUCAACCGCAAACUGAACCUGGCAGGGCUUCAGUCACCGGCCAGACCCCCACCCACACCAAAGCCCUCGCCACACAAGAGUGCCGAGUCAGGAGAGGGACCACAGCGCCCCACUGUACCCCCUCCACCCCCACCCACUCGCCCACCAGUGCCCCCUAGACCCCAAAUUAAAUUAACGUCAGCCUGUUCUGAAACCCAAAGUCUGCUAGAAGGGAGUGAAUCACUCGCUAUGGCUGACAAAACCCCAGAAAAGACUCAAACAUACUCCGGAGGAAUUAAUGGCGACAAAAACAGUGCUGUGACGACACCUGUAAAACAGCCUGAACCAAAGCCGGUGGUCAAACCGCCUGAACCUUGCGAAGAGCUGCCAGUGGCCCCUCCUGCCCCGAACAAGCAGGACUUGGCCAGAGACAAGGUUUCUGAGAGCUCCAUCAAUACCAGAGACAGCACGGAAGACCAAUCGACGUGGGAGUCUUCGGAGAUCAUGUUCCGUAACCGAAUGGCCCAUUGGGGCCAUGCCUCUGUGGUGUUUGAGGUGGAGAGCAACCAUAAGUACCUUAACGUGGCCCUGUGGUGCAAAGACCCCUUCAAGCUAGGCAGUCUGCUGUGUCUGGGCCAUGUCAGCCUGAAAUUAGAGCACAUCGCCCUGGAAUGCCUGUCCACGUCCUCGUCCGAGUACCAGAGCACCUUCAGACUGGAAGCCCCAGAACCCAGGGCCAGCGUUAGCCGUACUGCCCUGCGCAGCCUCAGCACUCACAAGGGCUUCAACGAGAAGCUGUGCUACGGAGACGUCACCCUCAACUUCAGCUACCUGGCCGAUGGAGAUUCAGACAUGUGCGGCGGGCUCUCCGAGCUUGAGAGGAAAGCCAGUGUGCCAGACGAGGAGCUGAGGGAAAGGGAGCAUGUUUCCUGCAUUCCUCGUGAAGACCUGGCCUACAGCGGCAUACAACUUGUGGAGGUGCGUCACAACUUCCAGGACACCCAGUUCCAGAACCCCACCUGGUGCGAGUACUGCAAGAAGAAGGUGUGGACCAAGGCUGCAUCCCAGUGCAUGAUCUGCUCCUACGUUUGCCACAAGAAGUGCCAGGAGAAGUGCCUGGCAGAGUACCCUCUCUGUGUGGCCGCCACCGACCGGCGCAGUGCUGACCCGGAGGCCAAGUCUACCAUUAACCGUGCCACAACGGGCCUCAGCCGACACAUCAUCAACACCGGCACCCGUCUGCUCAACCUGCGCCAGGUGCCCAAGAGCCGGCUGGCGGAGCAAGCGGCUGAUGUGGUGCCGGAUGCAGUACACACCCCGGAUAUCUCAGACAACGAGAGCAGUGACACGGAGACCUACACCGGGGCCAGUCCUUCCAAACAUGCUACCGGCGGCAGCAACAAGCUGGUACGGCGGGAGGGUGGAUUGGACGACAGCGUGUUCAUCGCAGUGAAGGAGAUCGGCCGGGACCUGUACCGGGGCCUACCCACUGACGAGCGCUCGCAGAAGCUGGAGCUGAUGCUGGAUAAGCUGCAGCAGGAGAUCGACCAGGAGCUGGAGCACAACAAUGCCCUGGUUCUGGAGGAGAAGGAGACAGGGGACGCCCGGAGAAAAGCCCUGAUCGCGUCCGCCCUGGCUAAAUCUGGGGAAAGGCUUCAGGCUCUAACCCUGCUUAUGAUCCACUACCGGGCAGGCAUUGAGGAUCUUGAGUCCGUGGACAGUACCAGCACAUCCCCCUCGGAGCCGCAAGGCUUAAAGACCAAGGGGGUGGCCCUGGAAGAAGCCUUGCUGGAGCCAGAGGUUUAUGACAGUGACAUAUGCAACCCAGUUGAGGCCCAGCAGUCGGAAGACAUCACAGAGGAGCAGAUCUGUGUUGAGGCGCUCCACUAGUAGAAAGGAAUAAGAUGAGGGAUGGGCUUGAGACUCACAGCAAAAUUAUUUUAACCUACUUCUGAAGAUUAACAGUGGUUUGGUCUAGGGUGUAAUUGUGUGUUUGUUAAUCAGUUGUUAAGCUGAUUCAUUUUUGAUUUGGGGAGACCACUCCUUUUGUCCCAAAGAACUGCAUUUUGUUUUCCCUUAAAUUAUCCUUUUAAAGGAAGCCGUCAAACUUAAUGGUGACAUCCUUUAAUUGGCACUGAGGAUCAGUCUUUAAGGGCAAUCUGUACGUUUAAGCUUAUUGAAGAAUUUUUUGUGUAACAAUUCUUUUAUUUAAGUUUAUGAUUGUUAUUGUUAUUGUUCUCCUUACCGCGCACCUUAAAACAUAACUUCUAUUUUCAUACUGCUUGAAAAUGUUAAACUUAAAUGUUUGUAUUCAAUAUGUUUUGAAUGUUACAGUUCAGUAUUUUAUUGUUACAAGUUAGAGCAACUGAUAUUCCAUGUUGCAAAUUAAAUGUGGUCACCAUAGUAAGAGCUAUGCAAACAGCAAAGAGCUCUGUUUAAUCUAAAAUGUCUUUGGGAUAGGGAAUAAAUAUUACUUUGUUUUGCUGUGAGUAGCAUGCCCAUUUCGUUCAAUUGGACACCUUGCAGUGUGUCUAAUGGAAGACAACAGUGUGCAAAUGCAGAAAAAAGAAAUCCACCAUAUGGAAAUUUAUGUUUCAGAUAUAAAUGUACAUUUGUCUGAUAUGUCACACAUCUUCUGUUUGUAAGCACUUUUACUUGUAAAUCGUAAUUUAAUUUUAGAAAUCACCCAUGACUUUUCCAUUCUUUUUGACUUUUUUGAAUUUUGGCUAACUGCAAGCUCAUGUGAUAGUAGAAUGAAACUGACAAUGUUGUGGGGAUGAGGAUGGUCUGUCCCCUGACUUCCUUAAUUUAGCUUGUAUCACUGAGGCCAAAAGGUUUCACUUAUGACCCAUUGUUUAACCAGCACAUUUACUAUACUUAUUUUUCUCUCUUGACUUUUGCUUUUAGAGUGGUGUAAUAUUUCUUAUAUUUGUCAUUUAGAAUGUAUUAAUUAUUAACCACCUGUUUUGUCUUGCCCUCCUCUUUCCGAAUAAUUUCUUUUUAUGGAUGUAAUAUUCCUGAAUGAAAACUCAACUAUGGUGGUGGUGUUAUCCAAUCAUGUUACUUCAGACAAAAUGCUUGCUUUCAAAUUCUUAUCGCUAGAUGCAAAGUAUUUAUGUAUUCACGGCAGAAAGUUCAUUUAGCUGGUUCAUCUCAGUAUGAAUGUUUUUGUGUAAGAUACAGGAUCAUAUCUCUUUUUUUUGUUUUGUUUUAUUGUGUGGGUGUGUGUGUGGGUGUAUGUGUGUUUGCCUUUAUUUACUUGAUGAUGAUUGUUGGGUCUGAUUGAUUGUUAAAUGCUCUGAGCAGUUAGAUAGUGUCAUUGGCCUUUGAAAGUUGUACUUAAUAAAAUGUAUGUCCAUUUAUAUUUAAGUGUGUAUACAGUCCAGCACAAACCCUCUAAGGAAAUGCAAACACUGGUGUAACCCAAUAUGGUGAUAUAAUCGUGACCGGCCAAAAACGUAUGCAAACUUAAGAAAAAUGUGGUCAAGCACAGCAGGAUAGCAUUUGUUUCAUGUAAAAUAUCAGAAAAGGAUAGUGUAAUUCGCUACCUAUGGGGCCCAAAGUGUCUAGAUACGAUCACUAUGACUUCUAUUGUAUUUUGACCAGGCUUAUGGAAAUUGAUUUAGCACAUGACUAUAGCUUGUCAGGUACAGGCAUUUGUGACUGCAGUCAGAUUACAGAUAAUAGAAAAGGAGUGAAGGCCAAAAAGCAAAGCCACAUAUGUGCAAUAGACGUGAUGUAUACUCUUGUAGAUACUGGCUUGGCUGCUUAUUGUUGAUCCCUUCUUAAUCGGCAUACAUUCAGAUUCUUGUGCAAUAUUUUUGUAGGAAACAAAGAUAAUUCUUCUGUUUUUUCUCUCUGAAGUCAACUGUCCUGUUGAACUGUUGAGUAUCUUUGGGCCCCUGGGCUAGAAUUGAGAUUUUAAGAGUACACAAAACAAAUUUUGGUCUGUAUCUCGCUAUUUCCGCUACUACUGCUGCUCUGCUGUUUUAGCUCUUUAAACUCAUUAACAUACUCCAGAUGUCUCCCCCUGUCUCACAGUAUACAAUAGUAUAACAUAGUGUCUGCCAUGGCUUUCUGCUGUUGAGAUUUUGAUUUGUAAGAGGGAUGUUGUACACAGUCCUAGAGAUGGAUCAUGUGAUAAAGCGCUAAUGUACAUAGCCUCAAUAAACAAGUUCACUUGAAGUCA